GUGGAGAAGAUCCUGUCAGAGUUUCGGCUGAAGGAGGAGGACCUGAAGAAGGUGAUGUACCGGAUGCAAAAAGAGAUGGACCGAGGGCUGAAGCUGGAGACGCACGAGGAAGCCUCUGUCAAAAUGCUGCCCACCUACGUCCGCUCCACACCCGAGGGCUCAGAGGUCGGAGAUUUUCUGUCACUGGACCUCGGCGGCACCAAUUUCCGUGUGAUGCUGGUGAAAGUGGGCGAGGGGGAGGAAGGGCAGUGGAAGGUGAAGACAAAGCACCAGAUGUACUCCAUCCCAGAGGAUGCCAUGACAGGGACGGCCGAGAUGCUCUUCGAUUACAUCUCCGAGUGCAUCUCCGAUUUCCUGGACAAGCACCAGAUGAAGCACAAAAAGCUGCCCCUGGGCUUCACCUUCUCCUUCCCCGUGCGGCACGAGGACAUCGACAAGGGCAUCCUUCUGAAUUGGACCAAGGGCUUCAAAGCCUCCGGUGCGGAAGGGAACAAUGUGGUUGGGCUCCUGAGAGAUGCCAUCAAACGGCGAGGGGACUUCGAGAUGGACGUGGUGGCGAUGGUGAACGACACGGUGGCCACAAUGAUCUCCUGCUACUACGAAGAUCACCGGUGCGAGGUUGGGAUGAUUGUGGGGACCGGCUGCAAUGCCUGCUACAUGGAGGAGAUGCAGAAUGUGGAGCUGGUGGAGGGCGACGAGGGGCGAAUGUGCGUCAACACAGAGUGGGGGGCCUUCGGCGCCUCGGGGGAGCUGGACGAGUUUCUUCUGGAGUACGACCGCGUGGUGGACGAGACCUCACUUAACCCCGGUCAGCAACUCUACGAGAAGAUCAUCGGAGGGAAGUACAUGGGGGAGAUCGUCCGGCUGGUGCUGCUGAAGCUGGUGGACGAGAACCUGCUCUUCAACGGGGAGGCCUCCGAGAAGCUCAAGACCCGUGGGACCUUUGAGACCCGCUUCAUGUCACAGAUCGAGAG